AUGAGUGAAGGACAGUCUGUCGGUGAAUUCAGUGCAGAGGAGGCUUCGCAGGAAAGCUUCAUGCAGAAGAGCAUGAGACGUUCUAUUGCUGGUUUUGUCGGAGCUGUUUCGGCAACAUUGAUUUUAAAAAGCCAGCUGCCGGUAUUGCCGGCGAUUGUGCUUUCUCUGGCCGUUGGUUUAUGUAUUGGGAUGUGGCACGGCUUCUGGAUUGCCUGGAUAGGAGUUCCCUCCUUUAUUGUAACUCUGGGCGGGAUGUUGAUGUUCCGGGGCUUUACUCUGGCAAUCCUGAAAGGAAGCAGCCUGGCACCACUGCCGGGCAGUUACCAGUUUCUUGCUGCCGGCUUCCUUCCCGAAAUUGGUAAAGUCCGGGGCCUGAACAUCAUGUCGAUUCUCGUCGGGCUUCUGUUUUCCAUAUGGUACAUCAUCUCAGAGUGGUGCCGACGAAAACAGGCCCUCAGCUACGGUUUUACUGUACUGGCACCGCAACUUCUGCUGAUAAAAAUACUGGCGAUACUGGCCACGGUAAAUUAUUUUACGAUUCAACUCAGCCGGUAUCGAGGCAUUCCUGUGGUGCUCUUAAUCAUCGCUGUUCUGGUCAUUAUUUAUACGUUUAUUACGCAAAAGACGAUUCCAGGAAGGCAUAUUUAUGCGUAUGGGGGCAACAAGCUGGCCGCAGAACUGUCCGGGGUCAACACCCGGCAAGUGAUCUUCCUGGUAUAUGCCAAUAUGGGCUUGUUGGCUGCCUGGUCCGGAAUUAUAUUUACCGGACGUUUGAACUCGGCGACACCGAAAACCGGGAUGAAUUUUGAGCUGGAUGCCAUUGCAGCCUGCUUCGUUGGUGGCGCUUCAAUGUCUGGCGGUAUCGGUACAGUGAUCGGGGCGGUGGUCGGUGCUCUGUUGAUGGGGGUUCUCAAUAAUGGCAUGUCGAUCCUGGGAGUGAGCAUUGAAUGGCAGCAGGCAAUUAAAGGGUUUGUCCUGAUUUGUGCAGUGGCCUUUGAUGUGUACGCAAAAUCAGGAUCAAAGGCUUGA